AACAGCAGAAAUGAUAAUAAAGAUAAUGUUAUAGAAAAUGAAGAUGAAGAAGAAGCAGCAGUAUACAACGCACGGCAACAGCAACAACAACAACAACAACAGCAAGCACCAACAGUUCGCCAUGUCGUUCAUACACGUUGUAUUUGCAUGACACUCUCUUUCAGUCGCAAUCAUUCAGUUUUCAGUUCGUGAGAAGCCACUGCACCGCACAGAUGACGCCGCCCAAUUUGUAUGAUGAAAAGGAGGUUAUGGAGGAGUUCAUUAGCUGUUAUCGCCAUUUUACGGCGCUAUGGGACAACGCCUCGAUAGAUUAUCUAUCAAAGAAGAAGAAGGCGCCCGGCUAUCAGGAGCUAUUGAAAAUCCUGAGACGCGUCAAUCGCGAGGCCAGCGUACAGGAUGUUAAGCGCAAGAUCAAUUCGCUGCGCUGUUGCUACAGGCGCGAGAUCAGGAAGAUACAAUCGUCAUACGAUGGCUACGAGCCGCGUCUCUGGUGGUUCCAUAUGAUGGACUUUCUCAAGCCGGUGCUCAAUUUAAAUGUGCCAGCGAUGCCGUACAUCAAACACGAGACCCAAAGCUUGGACGACAGUCUCGACGAGGCGAGCAUGCAUGACGAGGACAUUUUCGCGGAGCCCUUCCCGCCCGAGGAGGACAUGCUAGUCAUCGAGGGCGAGGGCGAGGGCGAGGGUGAGGGUGAGGGCGAGGCCGAGGCCGACGGCGAUGCCGAGGGCAUAGCGGACGCGGAGGUCGCACUGGACACGGACGUGGAGCAUGAAGCGUUGGCCGAGGCACGGCACAAAUCUGAUCUAAAAAUGGAAAUCAAAUAUCAACAACAUUCCAAUAGCAGCAGCGGCAAAAACAGCAACAACAACAACAACAACAGCAGCAGCGCUGCUGGCGUCGGCGUCGGCAACGGAAAACAUCCUUACGGGACAGCGCGUCAGCAACUGCAGCAGCAGCAGCAGCAGCCGCGUCGCAGCAUUGCAGCGCAGCAAAUGCGUCGACGCCAGCGUAGCAGCGACGGCGACGCCGACGGCGACUAUGAUGAAAGCAGCGCAGCGUCUGGCAAAAAGCGCCGCCAGAUGCUGGAGUGCAGCAUGGAGCAUGUGGAGAGCGAAUGCGAUUUGAUUGGCAAGCGAAUGGCAGCCCAUUUCCGCAACAUGCGGCCCGAUCAGCGGCUCUUCGCCGAGCGCAUCAUCAGCGAGGUGUUGGUCUACGGCCGCAUGAAUCGCCUCUCGCUGGAUGCCCGUUUCCUGCCCAGCGGCAGUGUAGCCGAUCUCUAUGCCCAGCACGAUGGCAAAUAGAGUUGGACUGAGGGGGGUAAGCGGGGUCGUGUGACACCGGCUUUAGGCAUAAAGCGCCAAUUAGAGCGGCGGCGACAACAGAAUAAAAGGAAAAGCAAUUGGUCGUCGAUGCGCAGGCGACAAGAAUGUCGCAAAUGUUCCAAACUUGUGUACAAACAAUGUACAUAUGUAUCUAGACAUAUGUACCCAUAUUAAGUUCAUAUUUAUUUUAAGGUAUCAAAUUGAAUAUAAGUUGGUUAUAAGCCAAAAAAAAAGUAUAUAAAUAUGUUUUAUGCCAACUUCAGACCUGACCCGUGUAUAUAAUUACAGUUCGUAAUUAUCGCAAAAUAAACGCGAGCAUUUUAUUUUAAAUCAUGAACUUGUUAAGUUCGUUACACUCUCGAAAUUCCCAGAUUUAUGUGUUUAUAGUUUUAUUUGUUUUGAGACAAAUCGAAAAUUAAUUUGAAGCCCGAAACUGACAUCACUAAAAGUUCUGUGAUAUACCUGUUUGUAAAUGAUAAAGUCUUAUCAUUUAAUAUGACUUAAAAUGUUUAAAACACAACAGCGUGUAAAUAAAUACCAUUUAACUUUUAGCGAUACUUUGAAGUGGGAUUAAGUUG